AUGGACUUCCUGGUCCUAAGGGGGACCUUGUCAGGUGAUCCAGGAGAUGAGGGAGAGAUUGGAGAACUGGGACCAAAUGGACUUCAUGGAGCCAAUGGGUUUCCAGGAAAGCCUGGACCCUCAGGUGAUCCCGGUGCUAAAGCUGAGCGAGGUGAGAAGGGCGACUUAGGGUUUAAGGGAGACCUGGGACCUCCAGGGCCUCCAGGUAAACAAGGAUUUAAGGGCCGUCGAGGCCCUUCAGGACUAGAGGGCCUUGGAGGACCAGCAGGGCCACCAGGGCCUCCUGGAUCCAAUGUGAGUGAGAUGCCGGAGAUCGAGGACCAGCAGGUAUUCAAGGAGUUCCCGGGCCUCGAGGCAGCAAGGGUCGAGAAGGUCGAGGAGGAUUUUCUGGAUUGCCAGGUCCAAUUGGAGAGAUGGGAAAAUCUGGAGAGAGAGGACAUGAAGGAGAUCCUGGGAAAGCCUGGAAUCCCAGGAGUGACUGGACCUAAAGGCCUAAAGGGGUUUCAAGGUCAUUUGGGUAACAGGGGACAGGAUGGACCACUUGGGGCUUCGGGACUCCUUGGUGCAAACGGAAUGAUUGGGGACACUGGACCUCCUGGAUCAAAAGGACUGCCUGGGCAGACAGGAGCUCCAGGCCUCCAAGGACCCGUAGGGAGGAGUGGAGAAGCUGGGAGCAGAGGAACGAAGGGGAAACCAGGAAAGCCUGGAGAGAAGGGAGUUAAAGGCAAAGAGGGCUCAAGGGGACAUCCAGGAAGUGAAGGCUUGAAGGGUAAGAGAGGAGAGGAGGGACCAAGGGGAAAACAGGGCCGCCCAGGUGAGAUGGGAAUGCCUGGACCUCGAGGAUACAGAGGAUCUCCUGGAAGCCAGGGUAACAUUGGGCCGUGGGGUGAAGUUGGGCCCCGUGGCCCUCCAGGUGACCAGGGGCCACAAGGUCCACUUGGCCCUGUUGGAGUUCCAGGUUACCCAGGUAAAGAUGGACCUGAAGGACCAACUGGAUCAGCUGGUGUCAAAGGAGAAAAGGGAUCCAUGGGAGCUUUAGGGCAGGAGGGAGUUGCUGGUCUCGAUGGUGAGGAGGGUCCAGUUGGACCGAGAGGACCUCAGGGGCCAGCUGGAGAAAAAGGCACCUCUGGUGACAAGGGGAGCACUGGGCCUCCUGGGCAGAGACGGUUGAAGGGAGAUGAAGGCAGCAGAGGCAAGCAAGGGCCACAUGGAGUAAAGGGGCCACUGGGGAAACAGGGUUACAGGGGUGCACCAGGGGACAGAGGAAAACCAGGGGUCCCAGGGCUCAAGGGUGAGCCAGGUACCAGAGGUUCGUCAGGCAUACCUGGGCAAUUCGGACCAGGGGGCAACACUGGGGCAUCAGGGGCCAAAGGCCAGAAGGGGCUCCAGGGACACACUGGGCCACCUGGCAGUAUCGGUCCCUCUGGACAAAUUGGACCAUCAACACCAGGUUUGCCAGGCAAGAGAGGUGCUGAGGGCAAAGCAGGAAUCCCUGGACUAAAGGGAAGUCCGGGUGAGAAGGGAAAGUCUGGUCUUCCCGGCAUCAAAGGAGACAUGGGCAUUAAAGGUCAGAGUGGAGGGAAAGGAGAGCCUGGGACACGAGGCACAAUAGGGACUGUGGGGAAGAUGGGAUUUGUUGGCACUCCAGGUCCGAAAGGUCAACCUGGACGUGCUGGUCCUCCCGGUCUUCCAGGAGCUGAAGGAAUUCAAGGGUCAAAGGGAGAAAGAGCCCAGCCCAGGAGGAAAGGGAACAAAGGAGCUUCUGGAAAAACUGGAGCUGAAGGCCCACCCGGUAGACCAGGACCUGCUGGGCGACCUGGAAAACCCGGCCAAAGUGGUUUGGAUGGGUUACUAGGGGUUGAGGGAAAUGAAGGCGAUCCGGGUGAUACUGGUUCCAGAGGUGCUCCUGGAACACCUGGCAGGCCCGGCAACAUGGGGAAACUUGGACCUCCUGGGGUCAGGGGAGACACUGGAGCAUCAGGCUUCAAGGGUAAAACUGGACCAAAAGGAAAUCAAGGACCCCCUGCACCAGUGGGGCCAAAGGGUAUCCCAGGACUGAGUGGAGAGAAGGGCGAGUCUGGAAGCAUUGGUCCUAAGGGUCUCCCAGGUGAUGCGGGAAUACUGGGACCAGUCGGGCCCCCUGGGCUAAAGGGGAAUCCUGGUUUGCAGGGGUUGAAAGGUCAAAGCGGUCAUAAAGGAAAGCAGGGGGAUACUGGUCCUCGUGGUCCUCAUGGGCAAAAAGGCUUCCUUGGACUUCCUGGUCAACACGGAAAGAAGGGGAUGAAGGGUGUUCAAGGCGAGAGAGGACCAAAGGGAGUGAAGGGCAAGCGAGGACAACCAGGAAAACCAGGUGCACCAGGCAAGCGCUGGAUUACACAAAGACAGAGAACAAAACCAGGUCAAAGACAUGAGCUGAGACCUAAAAAGGGAACCAGCAGCACAAGAUCAAAACUGAAAAACAUGCCAAUGUCCGGACAAACAUCCAGCAGACUGAAGCAAAGGGAAGGACAGCAAAAAUGGCCCAAGACAGUGUCCAGGAGGUGGUCUCAAGGAGAUGAGGCAGAGGAAACCUUUAGCUGGCCCCAGGGAACCAAAGACGACCCUGCCACCACCUGCUACGAGCUCGGACUCAUACACCCGCACCUGAAUGAUGGUUACUUUUACAUGGACCCAAACCACGGCUGUCCCUAUGAUGCUGUGAAGGUAUUCUGUAACUUCACAGCAGGAGGAACAACAUGCAUUGACCCUUCGGAGUCGCAGAUUAAAUUAAGUUGGCAACCCGAAAAGAAGAAACUGAACAUGUCUGUCCUGUGGUUUAGUCAGCAACAAGGUGGCAACAAGUUCGAAUACGCUGAUGCAGAUGUUGUCCAGCUGAGGUUUCUGCGGUUGCACAGCCACACAUCUUUCCAGCACAUGACUGUCAGCUGUACAGCAAACCACUGCAGCAUUGCCAGCAAAACUAAUUCAGACAAUAGGAUCAUUCACAUCCUGGGAGACUCAGGCAAAGAAAUUAUUUCACACUUUACCACGGUGUCCAGGAAAGGCCGUGAGGUGGAGGUGGUCGUGAUGGUUCGGGGGAGCACGGAGUCACAUCGAGGUGAUAUGGAGCUACUUCCUGUCAGAGAUCUGGGCGUGGAGAUGACAUCACUAUCUCCCCUUGUCCCUGAGAUCACUGUUGUUUUGGGACCCCUCUGCUUCUUGUGACCUAUUAGGAGAGUGUGUGUGUGUGUGCGCGCACAUACACACGCAUGCACGUACAUGAUGUAAUUCUGUGAAUAACUCUUUCAUGUAGAAAUUUGACAUGAACAGUUUUUGCUCAGUGUUGUAUUUUGUGUAUAUUUAUUGGAUUGUCACAAGUUAACAUAUGAAGCAUUUUAUACAUUUUUGUGUUUUAUAUUAUGUAGCACUAAAUGUUCAAAUGACUUGGAACUUGAAGUGUUUAUAGUACAACUCAGUGUGUCAUCAUCCUGACAGAGGAAUGAUGUGCAGCACUAUCAAAAUAAAGUGGUGACUUUGAAUGAAAUUCAAUCACAAUUCAUCUGUUGUAUUUUUACCGCCUGCACCAUAGAUUACAUGCUGAAAUUUAUCAUAGUUAGAAUUUAGGUUAUAAUGUAGAGUUCUGUGAUCAUUAAGCUUUGAUAAUGUUCUGCAGAUUGCUUGUGCUUAGAAGAUGAGUUUUGUUACACACACAGUUGCAAAUAAAAAUCCAUCCUUGUAAAACUGCUGCCAUUACAGCUCUAUUUAUUGGGAACAUCUGAAACAUCUCUUAUGGCUAUUUUGACCACUGUCAGAACAUUAAAAAAUGGCUUUGUUCUGACAGAAAAGUCCUGAAGCCAGGCAGCUGAAAUGGUCUGUGACACAAAGUCUCUUCCAACAGACUCUACAGAAUCAUCCAAGUGUGACAUGACUGUCUUUUACCAAAUGCAUUAAGAGGAACGUUAGACCUCCGACCUCCCCCACACAAAUUCACUCAAGAUCCUUUUUUUUGCCUCUCAGUCAUGCACAACACAGCCUGGACACAAAUCUUUGUGUGUCCUCGGUUGGGAAAUCUUUAACUGCAUUAGAGAAUGUAGUUCAUGAUUUUCAUAAAAGUAUCUCUAUGUUUUUGCAG